AUGACUGAAACGAUUGAGUCCAGCAAUAUAACAUUUAGUGAAACUGAUGUUUUAUACGAAGAAGAUUGUCUGCGCAAUCAGUAUUCGGUGAAAACAUGGCUAAGAUAUAUUGAACACAUCAAAGAUGCUCCAAAUGAAAAAAUUAAUUUAGUAUACGAACGUGCAUUACGAGAAUUACCUGGCAGUUACAAAUUAUGGUAUCCGUAUUUAAAAUUACGUCGAAAACAAGUUCGUACAAAAUGUAUAAUCGAUCCACAGUAUGAAGAUGUUAAUAAUACAUUUGAACGAGCAUUAGUUUUCAUGCAUAAAAUGCCACGUAUAUGGUUAGAUUACUGUCAAUUUUUAAUGGAUCAAUGUAAAAUAACACGAACACGAAAAGUAUUUGAUCGUGCAUUACGUGCAUUGCCAAUAACACAACAUAACAGAAUAUGGCCAUUAUAUAUUAAAUUUGUCACACAAUAUCAUGUACCCGAUACAGCAAUGAGAAUAUACAAAAGAUAUUUAAAAUUAUUACCAGAAAAUACUGAAGAUUAUAUUGAAUAUUUAAAAGAAAUCGAUCGUCUUGAUGAAUGUGCUCAAUUGUAUAUUGAAAUACUGAAUCGUGAUACUUUUGUAUCGAAAGAAGGAAAAUCACACCAUCAACUUUGGAAUGAAUUGUGUGAAUUAGUAUCAAAGAAUCCAUCUAAAAUUAAAUCAAUUCAAGUUGAACCAAUUAUUCGUCAAGGCAUCGAAAAAUAUAAAGAUCAAGUUGGGCAAUUAUGGACAUCAUUGGCUGAUUAUUAUAUUCGAGCAGGAUGUUUCGAAAAGGCCCGAGAUGUAUUCGAAGAAGCGAUUGAGGCUGUCUUAACUGUGAGAGAUUUUACACAAGUAUUUGAUGCGUAUGCACAAUCUGAAGAGGGCUUAAUUAGUGCUCUAAUGGAGAAAUCAAAUGAAGAAGAAGUGACAGAAGAUGAUGACCUUGAAUUAGAAAUUCGUCUGGCUCGUUUAGAAUAUUUGAUGGAUCGUCGUCCAUUAUUAUUGAAUAGCGUUCUACUAAGACAAAAUCCACAUAAUGUCAACGAAUGGUUAAAACGUGUCAAAUUAUAUGGUGAACAGUAUGAUAAAGUAAUUGAGACGUAUACACGUGCUGUUCAAACAGUAGAUCCCAAAAUAUGUGUCGGUAAACUUCAUGAAUUAUGGAUGUCAUUUGCGCAAUUUUAUGAUGAUAAUGAUCAACUGGAUGAAGCACGAUAUAUUUAUGAGAAAGGAACAAAGGUCAAUUAUCGUUACGUUGAUGAUUUGGCUUGUGUCUGGUGUGCAUGGUGUGAAACCGAAUUGAAACAUGAAAAUUAUAAAGAAGCUAUUCGUUUAAUGGAACGUGCAACCGUAUUACCACGACAUAAAAUUGAUUAUUAUGAUGUAAAUGAAACGGUGCAAAUGAGAUUACAUAAAAACUUAAAACUAUGGUCAUUCUAUGUUGAUCUAGAAGAAUGUUACGGUACAUUUCAAACAUGCAAAGCCGUUUACGAUCGAAUACUUGAUUUAAAGAUAGCCACACCACAAAUAAUUAUCAAUUAUGGUGUAUAUUUGGAGGAAAAUAAAUAUUUUGAAGAUGCAUUUCGAACAUAUGAGAAAGGCAUUGCUUUAUUUAAAUGGCCAAAUGUUUAUGAUAUAUGGUUAACAUAUUUAUGUAAAUUUGUUCAACGUUAUUCAGAUGGUUCAAAAUUGGAACGUGCAAGAGAUUUAUUUGAACAAUGUCUUGAACAUUGUCAACCAAAAUAUGCAAAAAAUUUAUAUUUAUUGUAUGCAAAACUGGAAGAAAAACAUGGGCUAGAUAGAAGGGCAUUGAAAAUUUAUGAAAGAGCAACAGAAGCUGUUGAACCAAAAGAAAAAUACGAAAUGUUCAAUAUUUAUAUAAAACGCUGUGGUGAAAUGCGUGGUAUAACACAAACACGAGAAAUAUACGAAAAAGCAAUUGAAGCAUUGAGUGAUGAAUCAUUGGUACGAGAUAUGUGUUUAAGAUAUGCCGAGUUAGAACGAAAAUUGGGUGAAAUAGAUCGUGCACGCGCGCUUUAUUCGCAUUGUUCACAAAUGUGUGAUCCACGAUUAACACCCGAUUUCUGGCAAACAUGGAAAGAAUUUGAAGUGAAACAUGGAAAUGAAGAUACAUUAAAAGAAAUGUUAAGAAUUAAGCGUAGUGUACAAGCGACUUAUAAUAUACAAGUGAAUUAUAUGGCACAACAAAUGAUGCAGGCAUCUGUUCAUGAUGACGCUGGAGGACAGGUCCGUGAAUAA